AUGGAUAUGAGGUUAAAGACGAGCAAAUGGUUUGGCCGAAGAAGUCGACCCUUCAUUGUACUGCUAUUCCUCUUGUGUCUGGUUGUGGCCCAUCUCUUCGGUCUAUUCACACAUCCGUUUGAGAUUGACUUCCACUCCAACUUCAGUUACCCUUUAGAUUUGGAUCAGUUUCGCGAUGUCGUCGAAGUCCUCAAAGCCAGACAUUUUGACCACGACUUGGAUCUCAACCCAACUCUCUUGCAGUCGAUUCCCAAACCAAUCAAUGAAUACAACUAUAGGUUUAUUGUGAAGAAUGAGAAGAAGUGCUCAAAAAGUGGUUCAAUUGAUGAACCAAUCCAUGACAAGACGAGUGGUAGUAAUGUAUCACAAGUGAGACAAUCAGAUGACAUAACUCUGUUGAUUGUGGUGAAGAGUGCCCUCGAGAACAUGGACUCGAGGAAUGCCAUUCGCAAGAGUUGGGGAUUUGAGAAGAGAUUCUCAGAUGUGACCAUCAAAAGAGUGUUCAUUUUAGGCAAUUGUGUCGAUAGGAGUGAUGUUCAGAACUGUCAGGACAUUGUGGACGACGAGAUGAAUGUCCACAAAGACAUAGUUCAGGCAGACUUUGUUGACUCUUAUUAUAAUAAUACCAUCAAAACAAUGAUGGCUUUCAAAUGGUGUGUCACUUACUGUUCCGGCGCUCAGUUCAUACUCUUUGUUGACGACGACUACUAUAUUUCUAUUAAGAAUCUCUUGAAAUAUCUGAGAAAUCCAUUCAAAUCUUUGUCGACAACUGAUUCCAACUCAAUCCAAGUCGACACCAAUACUCGCUUCGAUGGCCGCCUAUACAGCGGUUAUCUCUUCCCCCAAUCUUCUCCACUCAGACAUAAGACAAGCAAAUGGUUUGUGACUCUCGAGGAAUAUCCGUAUUCCUUAUAUCCUCCGUACAUAACAGCCGGUGCUUUCGUAUUGUCCAACACAUCGCUAAUAGACAUGUAUUUCGCUUCCUUUUACACAAAACACUUUCGUUUUGAUGACAUUUAUGUGGGAAUAUUGGCGAAGAAGUUGUCUAUUAUUCCCAAACAUAACCCGAACUUUCAUUUCUGGACUCUAAGCUAUAGUGCCGUCACUUUCGAGGAAGUGAUUGCUUCCCAUGGCUUUCGGGAUUCAAACAAACUUCUCAUUUCUUGGAGCCAACAGAAGAGUUUAGGAUUCGCUUAG